AGUGCAAUUGAUACGAUCCAUGAGGUUCUAGAUCAGUGCCAAGAAAUCUUCAAGGAUAUAGAGUCGAUCAUCGAUGGGUUGCAAAAGCGCAAGGCUGCCACCCUGGAGCCGUCCUCGCAGUUCAUCUCACGCGUCAGAUGGACGUCCAAGAAAUCGAAGCUUCAGUUGUUGUGAACGAGACUCGAAUCAUGCAAAAUCACGUUACAUAUUAUGCUUACGACUUUGGACUUUGCACAGAAGAUUGCAACGAGAAAGCUUUCGACGAUUGAGUCGCAAGAAGAAGAUGAUCAAGAGGAAGCUGUCACUCAAACUUUGAUCAUUGCUCAACAGGCCACUAUUGCCGAACUUGAGAGACUCGAAGAGGAGCAAGAAUCCACGGACAUCGACCACCCCUUGUCAGCGGACGAGGAAAUCAAUCCAAACUCCGAGGGACAAUCAGCCACGGCACCAACUCAUCCAUCCAUUCCUCCAAGCCCAAGGAACGAAGCAAACAGAAGAUCAGCAUAUCUAAAUGACAUCCUGCUCGGUAGCAGUAUCGAUGCAGACCCUCGCCCCCGCAGUUUGGAGAGCAACUGGACUUCAACGCAUUCAUGGCGACAAUCCUCAACUUCAUCGCGACAGUCUGUCUACCUUCUACAAAAGUGGACAGACCAGGGCGGCGAGAAACCUGGUACCCUUGACACCACGUCCUCCCCGCCAAUCCCAACAGAAACUGAACGUUUACGUGAAUUGGAACUACAGCUUUCACAAAGCCUUCAAACUCACCAAGAACUGAAAGCCAGCUAUGAGGCUCGGGAACAAGAAGCCGAAGAGACCAACCGCAAGAAGCUCAGCCAGCUGGAGAAUGAUUACCAAUCCGCAGUACACUAUGUUAAGGGCACUGAGAAGCUGCUCAAGCGUAUGAAAGAGGAGUUGGCGAAAUAUAAAGCUGAUAUGAAGAAGAUGGAAGCCAAAGUGAUCUACGUGACAAUCCAGUUGAAUAAAAGUAGGGCCGACUAUACGAAGAUCAAGGAGGAGGCAGAAGAAGCCAAAGCGACCUACGAGGCCAGGGAAAAAGAAACCGAGAAAACCUAUCGAGAAAAGUUGACUCAGCUUGAGAGCGAUUACCAGUCGGCCGUACAUUAUGUCAAAAGCACCGAGAAGUUGCUUUGAGCGUAUGUAUGGUGAGCUUGCGAAACACAAGGCCGAUAAUACAACGUUGAAGGGGAAACUCGCUGAAGCCCGGGAGAGUUCGAUAAAUGCCAGCCU